AUGUCUGGACAUGGCAACAGCUCACAUAAGCAUGCGGGGGGUUCCAGGCGCUCGACCAACAAUCUCCCUCCCGAUUCUGAUUACAGAAGUUUCCUCUUUGUGAUCAACGAGCUGAAGGUGGACAGAGACGAGACUUAUCAUUCGAAUGAUGGCUGGCACAACCGCAUACCGCUAAGCAACCCGAAGGGAUAUGGAGGAGAGACGCACGGAACGGUUAUGAGGUAUCAGAGUGGGAGAGUGACGGUAGCUCCUGGAUAUGCGUGGUACCGUGGAGAUGCGAACGAAGCCGGGUGGUGGCCUGCUGGCAAUGUUCUGAUGUAUAGUUCGGGCGAGGGGGAAGGCCUGCGAUACGUUGCUGCUUACAAACAACUCGCCGUCUUCUCAUGCGGCCCCUUUCUCCCAAUCGUCGUCGUCAACGGAGACCCAUUAUCCGCUGGCUCGCUUUCUCGAACGCCUCUACUGUUCCACCAUCCUCCUCUCCAACCAGGAAUAUCACACGCGGUACACCCGGAGAGUAACAUGGAGCCUGGUCCCGGACCGUGCAAAUUCGUGGCCGGGGCAAACCCCAGCUGGAUGCCCAGCCUGGUGCCAGCGGCUUAUAGUAACCCUUAUAAUCCGCGUCCGUCGGUUGGUCUUUCGGGAGAGCUUCCCAUUAUCCUCGGCUUGAUGGCAUUUAGCGAAUCUACAUAUGAGGAAGGAGCAGUGGAUCGAACUUUUCUGGGAGACGAUGCGCACCGUGGCAAGUGGCGUGAUGGGCAUUGGUAUCGCGCCGAGGCUCCUCGGGGAUAUGCACCUUCGGCCUCAGAGAUGCCGCUGGGCUUUCUCAUCACGGUGCUGUACGACCCCGAGAACCCAGAAUAUUCCAACGAAGGCUCCCUUAGGGAAAUGGAAUGGAAGGAAGUGCUUGUUCGAGAAGGUCGACGGUAG